GAACAACUUCUUACAGUUUUACUUCAGAUUACAUCUUUAGUGUUAGGAGAAAACCCACCCAAGAAGAAAACUUUAACACUGGGUGGAAAAUUAGCUCCUGCGAUUUUUCAAACACUUAUAGUCACUUGGAUUAAAGCUAAUUUAAAUGUUAUGAUAAGUAGGGAAUUGUGGGAUAGAUUUCUGCAAGUUUUAACCACAUUAACUGUGUGGGAGGAAUUGAUAAAGGAAUGGGCAAAAACCAUGGAAACACUUACGAGAGUGCUAGCCCGACAUGUUUAUAACCUAGAUCUGACCAAUUUACCUUUGGAUAGACUAAAUGAUAACAGGUCAAAGAGAAGCAGAAGAACUACACAGAGACAAGAACAAAGUACACCUUGUAGUACAGGCGAACCCGUCCAUCCCGUAGUCUCUCGACAAGAUUCCGCAUUACCCGAUGGUCAGCUCUUAUCAAAAAGGACACGAUCAACAUUAUCCAGAAGCUACAGUGAUAACGACUUGACGUUAAAGCGUAGAUCUUCGCAAAUCAAACAAAGAAAUCUUAAUAGACGACGCUCUAAAUCUUUAGAAUUCCUUGCACCUCAAGAUACUGAAUCUACUGACCGUACUCGAUCACCUAGUCCAGCUCCGUCCAGUGGUAUGGAAAGUAAUUCUAUCAAAGAUUCACCAAUUCAAUUAGAUAUGUUAUCCGCUGAUCACCAAACCUUAGAAUUUGGUGGUGAACAUAGAGGGGUUAUUUGUGGAGGAUCCAUAAGAGGUUGGCUUCCCGAUGUGGCUGUAAUUAUAUGGAAAAGGAUGUUGGGUGCACUGGGAGAUAUUAACAAAAUUUCUGACCCAAAACUACAUGCUCAAGUAUUUGAAUAUUUGGUAAAACUGACCGACACACUAAUAAAACUAAGUCGGAACCAAGGCAUUUCAUUCGACAACAUGAGUACUCCGCAUCCUCCAGAGUUGAUCCCCCCAUUGACCUUAAUCCUUCCAUGGUGUUUUGGGGCUUUGGUGCUACCUAGUAAUUACGAAGCUGGAAAGUUAAACGCCUUGAGGCUUAUUUGUACUAUAACUGUUAACUGUGAUAGCAAGCAUCGGACGUAUUUGCCACAGGUGUAUAGAUUUCUACAUACAGGUGAGUAA